CCUUUUGGCUCUUUCUCCACCACUCUUGUACUAUAUAAACUCCAUCACUCCCUCAAAACCUCAUCAUCAAUUCCACAUCACUUCUCUCUCUUGUUCACACACACACACAAAAUGAUGAACAUGAUGGUAAGGAAAUUCCUGAAAGCAUGUAUGAAGAAGUGGAGAAGAACAGGGAGAAGAGUGAUACCCUGCGCGGCCGCGAGUGACAAGUGUUGCUCGUGGUCCCUGUGGCCGCUGGUGCACGAAGAGAAGAUCGUGCCAAGUGACGUCCCAAGGGGCCACUUGGUAGUGUACGUAGGAGAGUGUCACAAGCGAUUCGUGAUCAAAGUUAGCUUGCUCAAGCACCCGCUGUUUCAGGCAUUGCUGGACCAAGCUCGGGAAGUGUAUGACUUCAAUGCUGAUUCAAAACUACGCAUCCCCUGCGACGAAAACGUCUUCCUCAGCGUCGUCCAGUGCGCGAAAUCUCCACCAGAGCGACGACUACCAAUCUGCCUAUGACAAUUCAACUUCAAAAUAUCAUUUCAUUCAUUGUUAUUUAACUCCCAUAUCCCAAUUUAGGAUAUCUGUACACUACUUUGAUCACCAGUAAUAUGUAUAUUCAUUAUUCUCAUCAAAUUUUUUUCUCUUAGCUA